GCUCGAGUGGAGUUGUAUAAAGCGAGCGAGCGGUGGCGGGGCGGGAGGCUCGAGGCCAGCCCGGGACCGGGGCUGGGAGCUGGAAGGCGGCGGCGGCAGCGGCGGCGGUAGCGAGCGCCCGCGCUCCGACGCCCCCAGGCGGUGGGGCAGAGAGAGCCCGAAGAUGGCUCCGAGCGCUGACCUCGGCAUGUUCAGGAUGUUACUGUCCCUGCUGCUGCUGCAGUUUCUGCCCCCCACCGAGGGGUCCCAACGGGCUGAACCCAUGUUCACUGCAGUCACCAACACGGUCCUGCCCCCUGACUAUGACAGCAACCCCACCCAGCUCAACUAUGGUGUGGCAGUCACCGAUGUGGACCAUGACGGAGAUUUUGAGAUCGUUGUGGCAGGGUACAACGGCCCCAACCUGGUUCUGAAGUAUGACCGGACCCAAAAGCGACUGGUGAACAUUGCAGUGGACGAGCGCAGCUCCCCCUACUAUGCGCUGCGGGACCGGCAGGGGAACGCUAUUGGGGUCACAGCCUGCGACAUUGACGGGGACGGCCGCGAGGAGAUCUACUUCCUCAACACCAAUAACGCCUUCUCAGGGGUGGCCACGUACACGGACAAGUUGUUCAAGUUCCGCAACAACCGGUGGGAAGACAUCCUCAGUGAUGAGGUCAACGUGGCCCGCGGUGUGGCCAGCCUCUUUGCCGGGCGCUCCGUGGCCUGUGUGGACAGGACGGGCUCUGGACGCUACUCUAUCUACAUCGCCAAUUACGCCUAUGGUAACGUGGGCCCUGAUGCCCUCAUUGAAAUGGACCCCGAGGCCAGUGACCUCUCCCAGGGCAUCCUGGCGCUCAGAGAUGUGGCUGCUGAGGCUGGGGUCAGCAAAUACACAGGGGGCCGGGGUGUCAGCGUGGGCCCCAUCCUCAGCAACAGUGCCUCAGAUAUCUUCUGUGACAACGAGAACGGGCCCAACUUCCUCUUCCACAACCAGGGUGAUGGCACCUUCGUGGAUGCUGCUGCCAGCGCUGGUGUGGACGACCCCCACCAGCACGGGCGAGGUGUUGCCCUAGCCGACUUCAACCGCGAUGGCAAAGUGGACAUCGUCUACGGCAACUGGAACGGCCCUCACCGGCUCUACCUGCAGACGGGCGCCCGUGGGAAGGGCCGCUUUCGGGACAUCGCCUCGCCCAAGUUCUCCAUGCCGUCCCCUGUCCGCACAGUCAUCGCCGCCGACUUUGACAAUGACCAGGAGCUGGAGAUCUUCUUCAACAACUUUGCCCACCGCAGCUCCUCAGCCAACCGGCUCUUCCGCGUCGUCCGCAGGGAACAUGGCGACCCCCUCAUCGAGGAGCUCAAUCCUGGUGACGCCUUGGAGCCUGAGGGCCGGGGCACAGGGGGUGUGGUGACAGACUUCGACGGAGACGGGAUGCUGGACCUCAUCUUGUCCCACGGGGAGUCCAUGGCUCAGCCGCUGUCUGUCUUCCGGGGGAACCAGGGAUUCAGCAACAACUGGCUGCGAGUGGUGCCUCGGACCCAGUUCGGGGCCUUUGCCAGGGGAGCUAAGGUUGUGCUCUACACCAAGAAGAGUGGGGCCCACCUGAGGAUUAUCGACGGGGGCUCGGGCUACCUGUGUGAGAUGGAGCCUGUGGCACACUUCGGCUUAGGGAAGGAUGAAGCCAGCAGUGUGGAGGUGACGUGGCCAGACGGCAAGAUGGCGAGCCGGGGUGUGGCCAGUGAGGAGAUGAACUCGGUGCUGGAGAUCCCCUACCCCCGGGAUGAGGACAGACUUGAGGACCCAGGCCCCUUGGAGUGCGGCCAAGGAUUCUCCCAGCAGGAAAAUGGCCAUUGCAUGGACACCAAUGAAUGCAUCCAGUUCCCCUUCGUGUGCCCUCGAGACAAACCCGUGUGUGUCAACACGUAUGGAAGUUAUAGGUGCCGGACCAACAAGAGGUGCAGUCGGGGCUACGAGCCCAACGAGGACGGCACGGCCUGUGUGGCUCAAGUGGCCUUUUUAGGUGGGUAUCCUUCUGCUGCCUUUAGAAUCUCUGAGCCUCUCUCUUGGGCCUCAUAUCUUUCUCUAGGCCUUGGACUUUGCCUUCAGUUAUAUGCACUUUAAAUCCCAUCAAUAAAGAAAAAAAAAAGAAAAAAACUAAUAACCUUUGUGGAAAACUAAAUCUCUCCCGCUGCCUGUCUCUCUAUCCACGCCCAGUAGAUUCUGCCAUGCGUGCUCCCUCUGAAUGGACCGCAGGGGUGGCCAUCUUUGAAAAGGGAAGUUUG